AUGAGUUUUGAUUGCUCUCUGUUAGAGGAGCAACAUUUUCAAACAUCUGAUUCUCUAAAAGAUGGCGCAAUAUCGUGUUCCGAUUGGAGUCGUUUCGCUAUAGCCUCGUCAACCGGUUUCACACUACUCACAUUUAGCGGUCAUUCAUCACGUAAAGUUCAACUAUUUACCGUUUCAUGGUUUCAACUCGAUCAACAUUUAGAGCAAGAUGAUUUGCGAUAUUAUACUUAUACCCCAUUAGCUUUAUUCUGUCCAGAUUCACUACGACCGGAUGGUGCAAGAUUGUUAGCUGUGGCAUCAUCAACCGGUCAACUAGUAAUAUGCGAUGCAAAUCAAGAGUCACCUGUGGUAUUAUUCAACGUCAGUAAAAGAUGGCGAUCACAACUAGAUGAAAGAAAUGGAAGAACGACAACAUCGACAAAACCUUCAGCAUCUUCACAAACAACGACUACAAAUGGAACAACGACAAAUUCAACACAAGGUUUAUCACGCGAUGAAGAAGCACUGUUAGUUCCAUCAUGUCUGGGAUGGUCAUCUGUCUUACGUCGUGAUUCUCCGUCUCGAUUCGUCCUAUUAUUUUGUGGUUUGGAAUCGGGUCAUGUAGCUAUUUGGCAAUUGUCCGAACAACAACAAACUAAUAAUUUAACUCUAACUUAUGCAGCACUUCUCGAACCAAAUGCAACAGAGACAAACUGUAAUAACAAUAAUAACCCACAACAACAAUCUUCGGGAGGAAAGCAAAAAAUGUCAAACUCUCAUUCGCCUCCUACGCUCAACGGAAAUCAUUAUUCGAACAAAACAUCUUCACUACCAGCUCUCCAGCUACAACAGUCCCCACCACCAACAAAUCAUAAUUCAAUAUCAGCCAUGGCGUGGCUAUCGCUAUCAGAUACAGCCGGUAUACUAGCCUUGGGUUCAUCACAUGGUCAUGUUAGUCUCAUAUCAAUAUCGCUCACUGGAAAUGAAUCUGCUCCCUUGCUAGCUUAUACGAAACAAGAGUCUCCUCAUUUAGUGUCGAAUGGUGCUCGUAUUCAUCAUAUCGCUUUGUAUCAACAACAUGGCGAAUAUAAAUUAUUUUUUGCCCAAAUGGACUCGAUCGUUAUCGCUACUCUCAAUAUAACAUCGACUGGUUAUAAUUCGUCAUGUUCGCAAUUUACAAUUAAAACUGUUAAUGAAUAUGCUUUAAAUUCAGCGGUUCUAACACAUUUCUUAAAUGAACAACAAGAUCUAUUUCUAAUAUGUAGAGAUGGUUAUAUCCAUCGCCAAACCAUUCUAGCAGAUCCACAACAUCAACAUCACGGACAACAAACAACAAGAUUUGAACAAUACUGUCAGCUGACACCAAACGGGAACGAUUGUCAAGCAGCUGGGAUAACACCAACUCAUUGUACUGUGAUUACAAUGAAACGUUCAGAAGCAAUAUUAACAUUAAGCGUUUAUUCUCUCAAAGAUGUCUCAUCUACCAUCACAUUCUUCUUAUCAAAUCCAUUGCCAUCAUUUCGUUUGAACGAUGUUUUAGCAGCACUACGUGUUCUACUGUAUUCAGAUAAAUCAAAUGCAUUGACUGAUCUAAUCAUGUCUGUAGCAGAUUGUGCUGAUCAAGCAUCUGUUUCAUUAUUAAAAAAAGUACAUUCACUAUGCCGACUAUUAUUAUCUUAUCAUAAUAGUGGCUUGGGUAAUGGAUUGAGACAAGCACCUUACAUGCUAUUUUUGGCUGAUGUAUUUGCUCAAAUGAUAUCGAUUGAUCUAAUUAAAAAAUUGUAUGAUUUUGUGCAAAAGAACGGUGAAGGUUAUUUACAACAAUUAACACCCAUAGAAAAAUCAAUAUUAUACUGGUGUGAACAACUAUUGCAAUAUUCCACACAACAACUACAAGCAAAUCAACAGAAUUCAACGGGAGGAACAAACGCAAAUAUUAAUCAACAGUUUGGAACACUUCUAGCCAUGGCUAAUCCGAAUAUGACUUCAAGUCCCACGACAGCAGCAGCCAAUGGAACAGCUGUUAUACCAUCGACCACAUCUGGUCAAUAUUCAUCGUUAGUCAAUAUUCAAACAUGUGACGCCAAAUAUUUACAGUGUCCUAUCUGUAACGGUCAGCUUCUAAUUCGAACAUUUUUUGAUUUGAGCUGCACCAAUGGUCACGAGUUUCAACGUUGUAAUAAAACAUUUUUACCCAUCUAUGUUCAAGAUCGAGCAAAACGUUGUACGCUAUGUAAUUUCUAUAUUACCGAUGGAACAACAGAUGAAUUUCAAUUAACAACAUUAACCAAGAUUCUUGGCGGAUUCACAUGUACAUUUUGUGGAUAA